UUUUUGGUUGCGCUGAAUUCGUUGGAGAAUUAAAUUAUAUUGGGGAAGUCGUAUUCUUUAGUACAAAAUCGCACUUCAACGACUUUUGCGCUGUAACCCGCUCUAUUAUCAGACGCCAUAAUAGAGGACCCAACACAACAACCUACAAAAAGCCGGCUACCAGAACACAGAGUGUGUGCGUGUUUCGUAGUUUCACCAAGUCGGAUUUGAGAAGAGAAAUGGGGAGUUUAGGUGCGAUUCUGAAAAACCCAGAUGACCUUUACCCGUUGUUGAAGCUGAAGAUGGCGGCGAGGCACGCCGAGAAGCAGAUCCCUCCGGAGCCGCACUGGGCCUUCUGCUACACCAUGCUCCAGAAGGUCUCUCGCAGCUUCGCCAUGGUUAUUCAGCAGCUCGAUUCAGAGCUUCGCAACGCUAUAUGCAUAUUUUAUUUGGUUCUUCGAGCCCUGGACACUGUUGAGGAUGAUACAAGCAUAGCUACAGAUGUUAAAGUGCCAAUCCUGAAAGCUUUUCAUCGUCACAUAUAUGAUUGCGAGUGGCAUUUUUCAUGUGGUACAAAGGACUACGAAGUUCUUAUGGACCAAUUUCAUCAUGUGUCGACUGCUUUUCUGGAGCUUGGAAAGAGUUAUCAGGAGGCAAUUGAGGAAAUUACCAACAGAAUGGGUGCAGGAAUGGCAAAAUUUAUAUGCAAGGAGGUAGAGACAAUUGAUGACUAUGAUGAAUAUUGCCACUAUGUAGCAGGACUUGUUGGACUAGGUUUGUCCAAGCUUUUCCAUGCCUCUGGGUCAGAAGAUUUGGCUUCAGAUCAUCUCUCAAAUUCAAUGGGUUUAUUUCUUCAGAAAACAAACAUAAUACGAGAUUAUUUGGAGGAUAUUAAUGAGAUACCAAAGUCUCGUAUGUUCUGGCCUCGUCAGAUCUGGAGUAAAUAUGUUAACAAACUUGAGGACUUGAAAUAUGAGUUAAACUCUGAAAAGGCAGUGCAAUGUUUGAAUGACAUGGUCACUAAUGCUUUGAUGCAUGCGGAAGAUUGCUUGAAAUACAUGUCUGCUUUACGAGAUCCUUCAAUUUUUCGAUUUUGUGCUAUCCCCCAGAUCAUGGCCAUUGGAACACUGGCAUUAUGCUACAACAACAUUGAAGUCUUCAGAGGUGUAGUCAAAAUGAGGCGUGGUCUUACUGCCAAAGUCAUUGAUCGUACAAAAACGAUGGCAGAUGUCUAUGGUGCUUUCUUUGAUUUCUCCUGUAUGUUGAAGUCAAAGGUUGACGAGAAUGACCCUAAUGCAACAAAAACGUUGAGCAGGCUGGAAGCAAUACAGAAAACCUGCAGGGAUUCAGGAGUCCUUAACAAGAGAAAAUCUUACAUAAUCAGGAGCGAGCCUAGAUUCAAUCCGGCUCUUAUUGCUAUACUGUUCAUUAUGCUGUCCAUCAUUUUUGCUUAUCUCUCUACCAAACGACCAAAGAAUUAAGAACUUGAAGGUUUCUUCGAACUUCCUGGAGAACUUGAGUUCAUGGCUGGCUGUUACCAAGUGCAUGCUUUGUUCCAUGAAACUUGAUUUAUGUUUGUAUUAUUUUUAUACUUAUGCUUGAAGGUUGUAUAUCUACCAUACAGGUGUCAAAUUCUGUUCCUGAAGUAUCCAACUUCUUAUAGAAAACUCUUAAACUGUUUGCAAUUCUGGACUUGUUAACACAUCAAAUGAAUUCCUGUUUAGUAGUUUUUCUAGAAUCAAA